UUUGCUUGAAUAAAGAGGAAGCUGUCAGUCCCGUUGCUCUCGUUGUUAUAAGUUGUGCUGAACAAUCUGUUAGAAUCUGAUUUUAUCCUAUUUCCCCCCCCCACGUUUUCCAUCUGUAUUUUUUAGUCAUACAACUAUAGACUUAAAUUUUGGAAGAUUUUGAGAAGAUUCCAUCGGCACACAGAAAGGAGUGCAUAUUUUUUCUCCAUCCCGGAAUAGCUCCCAUUCGGCUCAGCUAACGGUAGUUAGCAUUAGCAGCACCGGGGCCCUGGCAGGCAACCUACUCAGAAUACACGGAAUUUAAGGCCUGUUGUCGACCACGCUUUGGAUAUAUUAAAGCACAAUGGCAUGUGGGGCUACCCUGAAAAGGAACCUGGACUUCGACCCUUUAAUGAGCCAGGCCUCCCCAAAGAGGAGGAGGUGUGCCCCGGUUAUGUCGCCGGUAUCUUCGCCGCAGAAAUAUCUGCGUAUGGAGCCCUCGCCUUUCGGGGAGGUGUCGACCAGGCUCACCACAGAGCAAAUUCUCCACAACAUCAAGCAGGAGUACAAGCGCCUGCAGAAGCGGCGACACCUGGACACUUCUGUCCAGCAGGCCGACAGCUGCUGUCCUCUGGAUCUGCAGAACAUCCACGGUGGCUCUCCUCUACCAGGCACAUCGGCGGGUCCCUCAUCUCCCACCAGGAAAGAACAGCCAUUGUUUUCCCUCAGGCAGGUUGGGAUGAUCUGUGAGAGGCUACUGAAGGAGCGAGAGGACAAAGUCCGUGAGGAGUAUGAUGAGAUUCUGACGGCAAAGCUCGCUGAGCAAUAUGAUGCGUUUGUCAAGUUCACACACGACCAGCUGAUGCGAAGGUUUGGAGAGCAGCCUGCUAGCUAUGUUUCCUGAGUCCAGCUGUGUUGAUUUCCUUUUUUGGGGAGGGGGGCUACUGCUUGCUGCAAACUCCUCCAGGGACUCUGUGGGACUGAUUGGACUUUUUUACCUCGCUGUGCCAUGUCUCCUGUGUGGUCUCACUGCCUCUGGCAUUAGUUUCUGGCAUCGUUUGCUGUUGAUGCCGACGUGUUGAAGACUCUCUGGGACUCUACCAGUGGCCUCUUAACCACCCUGUUAAUAUUUAUUAGGCUUUGUUCUGAUGCCUUCGUAAAAGGCUGACAGCCACCAAAUGUUUGGCCUUCAUUUUUAGUUUUCAGAGGAUGUUAGUUGUGCGGCUUCUCUGUAUGUACUUUUAGAAAAAGGGAUUGGAUGUUGGUGAGUGAAUGAGGGCAGCUCUCAGACUGGACUCCAGGAAUUGUUAUCUUGGCUUUUUUCAGCAUUGUAUAAAGUGUACCAGUGAUUACUGCUUUUACAUUUGUAUAUUUGUAUACACUGUACGUUUCCUCUUUGUUUUUAUAGCUUAACUUUAGUUCAUUGUACUAAAAUGUUUCUUUGUUAAUAAAUCUGGUUUGCUGUAGGUUUAAAGGGGCUUUGAUUUUAAGAAAAAGUAAAGAAAAUUAAUAAAGUCUUCACACAAAUGUCUGCUGUGAUUUUCUAUAUAUUUUUAAAAACUUUUUCAAUAAAUUGAGUUUUG